GGAGGGUGCGGGGUGUCUGCAGCCAAGGCCUCGAGAGGGAAGACCCUCUGUGGGGCGUGUGAGCCCUCCUGAGGGGCCCGCGGGGCUGAGGCCUGGUGACGGGUGUGGAUGGCGCCCAGGAAUAGGUGGCUGGGUCUCCUGAGUGGUAGGAGCUGGGCCUGGGGCCGCCCCGGUUAUAGGCGCCCACUGGGGACUGGUCCGAGGGCCCUGGGCUCCCUCUGGGGGACGCCGGGGCAGUGCCGUCCAGCAGAGAGCAGAGCACAAAGGGUUAACGCCUUUCUUUUAUGAAAAAGAGGGGAACUCCCUUGUUAGAGCAGAGAUCUGCUCUGCGCAGAUAAGCCCAGAGCUGCCUCGGGACCAGCCAAGAAGGACGAGAAGGACGUCCCUGCUCCUGACCCAUGGCCGCCGGCACCCUGUGGGCCCUUGAACCUCCCGCCAGGAGCCCUGGGGAGCGUCCGGUGGUCCCUGUGGCUGCAGGAGAUGGACACUCGAGAGAAAGCAGCCCGAUCAUUGACAACUGUGAGAUGGAGAGAGAGAGUUUCUUUGAAGGGAAGAGCAUGGCGCUCUUUGAGGAGGAAAUGGACAGCAACCCCAUGGUGUCCUCACUGCUCAACAAGCUGGCCAACUACACCAACCUGAGCCAGGGCGUGGUGGAGCACGAGGAAGACGAGGAAAGCCGGCGGCGGGAGGUCAAGAGCCCGGGCAUGGGCACCUUCAUCGGCGUCUACCUGCCCUGCCUGCAGAACAUUCUGGGUGUGAUCCUCUUCCUGCGCCUGACGUGGAUCGUGGGCGUGGCCGGCGUGAUGGAGUCCUUCCUCAUCGUGUUCAUGUGCUGCACCUGCACGAUGCUGACUGCCAUCUCGAUGAGCGCGAUUGCCACCAACGGCGUGGUCCCAGCUGGCGGCUCAUACUACAUGAUAUCACGGUCGCUGGGGCCGGAGUUUGGGGGCGCCGUGGGCCUCUGCUUCUAUCUGGGCACGACCUUCGCAGGGGCCAUGUAUAUUUUGGGGACCAUUGAGAUUUUCCUGACCUACAUCUCCCCCGGAGCGGCCAUCAUCCACGCGGCCUCUGCGGAUGGCGAGGCCGUGGCCAUGCUGCACAACAUGCGCGUGUACGGGACGUGCACGCUGGCCCUCAUGGCCAUGGUGGUCUUCGUGGGCGUCAAGUACGUCAACAAGCUGGCCCUGGUGUUCCUGGCCUGCGUGGUGCUGUCCAUCCUGGCCAUCUAUGCCGGCGUCAUCAAGACCGCCUUCGACCCACCAGACAUCCCGGUCUGUCUGCUGGGGAACCGCACGUUAUCGAAACGCAGCUUUGACGUCUGUGCCAAAGUCCACACCACCAGCAAUGGCACGAGAACCACCGCGCUCUGGGGCCUCUUCUGCAAUGGCUCCGCGCACAGUGCCACCUGCGAUGAUUACUUUGCCCAGAACAACCUCACGGUGAUCCAGGGCAUCCCUGGCGUGGCCAGUGGCGUCCUCCUGGAUAACCUGUGGAGUGUAUACACGGACAAAGGCGUAUUUGUGGAGAAGGCGGGCACGCCCUCGGUGCCUGUGCCGGAGGAGAGCAGAGCCAGCGGGCUGCCCUACGUCCUCACCGACAUCAUGACUUACUUCACCAUGCUGGUCGGCAUCUACUUCCCCUCCGUGACCGGUAUCAUGGCGGGCUCGAACCGGUCUGGGGACCUCAGGGAUGCCCAGAAGUCAAUCCCCACAGGCACCAUUCUGGCGAUUGUGACCACGUCUUUUAUUUACCUCUCCUGCAUUGUGCUUUUUGGAGCUUGCAUUGAAGGCGUGAUCUUACGAGAUAAGUUCGGGGAGGCCCUGCAGGGGAACCUCGUCAUCGGCACGCUGGCCUGGCCGUCCCCCUGGGUGAUUGUCAUCGGCUCCUUCUUCUCCACCUGCGGCGCUGGCCUGCAGAGCCUGACGGGGGCACCGCGCCUGCUGCAGGCCAUCGCCCGAGACGGCAUCAUCCCCUUCCUGCAGGUGUUCGGCCACGGAAAGGCCAACGGGGAGCCCACGUGGGCCCUGCUGCUCACGGCCCUCAUCUGCGAGACUGGCAUCCUCAUCGCCUCCCUGGACAGCGUGGCCCCCAUCCUCUCCAUGUUCUUCCUCAUGUGCUACAUGUUUGUGAACCUGGCGUGUGCUGUGCAGACCCUGCUGCGCACCCCCAACUGGCGCCCGCGCUUCAAGUACUACCACUGGACGCUCUCCUUCCUGGGCAUGAGCCUGUGCCUGGCGCUGAUGUUCAUCUGCUCCUGGUACUACGCCCUGUGUGCCAUGCUCAUUGCCGGCUGCAUCUACAAGUACAUCGAAUACCGCGGGGCCGAGAAGGAGUGGGGAGACGGGAUCAGGGGGCUGUCGCUGAACGCAGCCCGCUACGCCCUCCUGCGCGUUGAGCACGGCACCCCCCACACCAAGAACUGGAGGCCCCAGGUACUGGUGAUGUUGAACUUGGACGCUGAGCAGUGUGUGAAGCACCCACGCCUGCUGUCCUUCACCACGCAGCUCAAGGCCGGCAAGGGCCUGACCAUCGUGGGCUCCGUGCUGGAGGGGACCUACCUGGACAAGCACGCGGAGGCCCAGCAGGCUGAGGAGAACAUCCGGUCCCUGAUGGGCGCUGAGAAGACCAAGGGCUUCUGCCAGCUGGUGGUGUCCUCCAACCUGCGGGACGGCAUGUCCCACCUGAUCCAGUCGGCCGGCCUGGGGGGCAUGAAACACAACACGGUGCUCAUGGCCUGGCCCGAGUCCUGGAAGGAAGAGGACAACCCCUCCUCCUGGAGGAACUUUGUCGACACCGUCCGUGACACCACGGAGGCCCAGCAGGCUCUGCUGGUGGCCAAAAACGUGGACCUGUUUCCACAAAACCAGGAGCGCUUCAGCGACGGGAACAUCGACGUGUGGUGGAUCGUGCACGACGGGGGCCUGCUCAUGCUGCUGCCUUUCCUGCUGCUGCAGCACAAGGUGUGGCGGAAGUGCCGGAUGCGCAUCUUCACGGUGGCCCAGGUGGACGACAACAGCAUCCAGAUGAAGAAGGACCUGCAGACGUUCCUGUACCACCUCCGGAUCAGCGCCGAGGUGGAGGUGGUGGAGAUGGUGGAGAGCGACAUUUCCGCGUUCACGUACGAGAAGACGCUGCUGAUGGAGCAGAGGUCCCAGAUGGUGAAGCAGAUGCAGCUGUCCAAGACGGAGCGGGAGCGGGAGGCUCAGCUCAUCCACGACCGGAACACCGCGUCCCAUUCUGUGGUGACGGCCAGGACCCAAGCCCCGCCCACACCAGACAAGGUGCAGAUGACCUGGACGAAGGAGAAGUUGAUCGCUGAGAAGUAUAAGAACAAAGACACCGGCAUGUCUGGGUUCAAAGACCUCUUCAGCCUGAAGCCAGAAUGGGGAAAUCUGAACCAGUCGAAUGUCCGGAGGAUGCACACGGCCGUGAAGCUCAACGGGGUUGUCCUGAACAAGUCCCAGGACGCCCAGCUGGUCCUGCUGAACAUGCCCGGGCCCCCCAGAAACCGGCAAGGGGACGAGAACUAUAUGGAGUUCCUCGAGGUCCUGACCGAGGGGCUGAACAGGGUGCUCCUGGUCAGGGGCAGCGGCCGGGAGGUGAUCACCAUCUACUCCUAGCGCUCGGCCGCGUGGGGCGUGUGCCGGGCAGGCACCCUGACAGUGGCCUGAGCUGCCACUGUGGCUUGCUCCAGAAGUUUCUAGAAUACCACCGGGCUCUCCUGCCCAGGCUGAGAGCCAGUGUGUGACUGAAAAGGUCUCGAGUCUGAGGGGAUGCGAUGCCCUGAGUCCUCCGUGUGCCCAAGGGGUGACUGGGACACAUCUGUCCAUCUUGGGACGGCCGUGCCCUCAGCCUCUGGAUUGUAGAAUUAAGUCUCCUUGGCUGCACCUCCCCAGUCUGUUGUGGAAGUCAUAUGUCCGUGCUCCCCCACCCAGGAUGUUCACAAGAAGCCACACUCGGACCGAAGCUGACCCUUGGGCCAUUAGGGUCCACUUACGAAGGUGAAAGGUCAGCUCUCAAUGAGGGCUCAGCACAGGUUCCUCAGUCAGCCCCCAAUCUGUCUGUUCCUUUGAAUAUCCUUGCGUGUGUUUCCAUAAACAAAGGCAGAAAACCGAGCCGCCCACCCCUGCGUCCCGGGGCUCAGCCAGGUGGCCUUGGUCUGGUUGGGGACAUCUGGGAAGGGAACCCAGGUGUUCGGGAACACGAGGUCAGUUACCCAGCUGGGUUUGUGCUCCAGGUGGGGGCCCGUGAGCCGGCUGUGUUCUCUCCCGAGCUCUGGCAGGCCCGGCCCGGCGGGACGUCACUGGGCGACGUGGGACGAGCGCUCUCCCGCCUUCAGAACCGCACGCACACCACACCGUUCGCGUGACUUGCACUGAUCCUUUGCCCUCCUUGUCCACACUUCACGUCCCAGGGGUGGGGGCGGGGGACUCGGGGCACCCAGCUAUCUGGCUGAAGCCUGUGUCUGUCCCACCGUGGAGAGGGGACAGCAACUGCCUUUGAGGGCGCUGACACGGGACCCUGCAGUGACCGCAGGCUUUGCACUUGACCUUGCGGUCUUUCUGCUGUGGUUGUGGUUGUGUUCACUGUUGAUGCUUCAGCAUUGGCGCCCCGCUUUCUGUAGGGUUUAUUUAUUUGUUUAAACUUCUGGGCGUGUCAGUGUUCAUGAAUUUGUCCAUAAAGAGAUUGUGUCUGUGAAAGAGGCCCGAACGUCCAUGCCCUUGGCUUUCGCUGGCUUCCGUGGGGAUUUAAGGAAUUGGCUCGGUCCGCGGAUUUCAUCUUGGGGAAAGGUUAAGUGUGCUUCCAGGCAUUUCUGAGGAGCCGUCGGACAGCCUAGAGGGCCAGCAUCGUGGUCAGAGUGACCACCGGCCAGAGCGUGUGCCAAACAGCCGCAGCUGGGCUGGGGCUGAGGGUCGGCACUGCUGCCUGUCCCAGUCAGCACGGAGCUGGUCGGGGCCCAGCUCACUGGCCGGUGCGUGAUGCAGCUCGGCCGUGCCCGCGCGUGCCCGCCCUCUCCACGGUCCCAGCACCACGCAGCCUCUCCACACUGACCUUUGUGUAACUAACUGCAGCCAGUUACAGUGGAUUUCACGUUUUCCUUUUGCAGGUUCCUUGUCUUUAUAUGAUUUUUGUUAGUAGAAGAAUAAAACUUUAAAAUCUGA